AUGUCCGAUCUUCCGAGGGAGAUGGAGGAGGAGGUGCUGUCGAAGCUUCCGGUGACAUCUCUGGGAGAAGUACGAUCGACCUGCAAAAAGUGGAACAGCAUAACGAAAGGUCAUAGCUUUUUGAAGAGGCACAUGGGUGAAUCAGCAGAAGGAGCAUCAAAGAAGAAGCAGAAGCAAAGGAAGGGAAUUGAAAUCAAGGUGGUGAUGUUGCUGGAAAAGAGAGUGUCUUUGAUGAGCGUCAAUCUCCUCUAUCCAUCUAUAGAGCCUAUAGGUAAUAUCAACGCAGAUGGAGUCGACAUAUCUAAAAUCAUUCACUGCGACGGUUUGUUCUUAUGCAUCACUGAAGAGGAAAACUCCUCUAGGGUUGUUGUGUUGAACCCUUAUCUGGGACAAACAAGGUGGAUCGAACCCAGAACUUCUUACCACAGAUUCGACAGUUACGCUCUCGGAUACGAUAAUAAGAAGAAGCACAAAGUCUUGAGAUUUGUGAAUGAUUACGACCCGAGAGUCAAGCACCGAGUUUGCGAGUUUGAAAUCUACAGUUUAGACUCCAACUCAUGGAAGGUUGUUGAUGUCGGUCCCGACCACGACUGGACCACUUCGUUUAUCCUCCGUGGCUUGUCUCUAAAGGGCAACACUUACUGGUAUGCUCGUGACAAGUUGGCAUCAAGUAGGAUAGAUGUCGCUGAUUUCCUAAUCUGUUUUGAUUUCGAAACGGAGAGGUUUGGACCGCGCCUGCCUCUGCCUUUCCACGGUCUCGUUGGAGACACGGUGACUCUUUCUAGCGUCAGAGAAGAGCAGCUCGCGGUGCUGUUUCAGGGAAACCGUGAUCAGAUCUAUAAUCUGAUGAUCGAGUCGAUUCCAUGA